ACUUUGUUCAUAUGGGAUUAGUUUGAAGCACUGGAAUGUUUCUUAUCACUGGACGAAAGGUAUAAGAGCUCAAAGAGACAAAGCCUCCUGGUUACAGAUCACACAGGAAGGAUACUCACUUUUUUAACAAACCAUCAGGAGACACAGGUUUCCAGUCAGCAAACCACAAAUUAAGGGAUGUGGCUGACUACAGAAAAAACACAACUCAUCUAAUACAGAGACUGGAGAUAACUCAGCUGGAUUCGCCAUGUCAGUAAAGUUUCCUAAGAGGCUCAGCAGCAAGAGGAGAAAACCUCCAAAGGACAAUGCCCAGGCAGAACUUCUACAUAACCUGGGCCUAGAUGCCUUCUGGAAUGCACCACUGGACCCAGCUUCUAUGCUGGACAUCAGCACUUGGAAUCUCGAGAACCAAGCUCCCCUAGACUUGAAAGCUCUGCCAAGUGCUUUCCUCAGACGUCUUUGGUUGCUCAGCCAAGAUGCAAGGAGUCCUUGCUGCAAACCUUCAAGUGAUUCUCUGACUGCUUUAGAUACAUCACCUGAGACGUUAAAUGGAGGAGAAAGCCAGUGUGCCAUCAACCCCCUUGAUCUAGUUUCAGCCGUCUUUAUGUCUGCCAACACUUUCCUUCAACAGGAGAUGACUGUGCACAUGGUGCAGUGCCAGUUUGCUGUACCCCUGGUCCUGCCAAGUACAGAUCCAGAAGAAGCUAGCCGCUUCCUUCUAUGGCCUCUGAGAGGUGUUGUGAGCCAAUUUCUGGGAAAAAACGGGAAGCUCCAAGAGGGGAAUUUGGCGAGUACAUAUAUGCCGAUCGUUUCUUGCGUGAAGUUUGGUCACUGUAAUGUCUCCAAGUCAAAGGUGCUCAACCACAUUAUAAGUGGACCCAAAUCUUGCAAUGACACAUUUCUACACAGGGGAAUGGAUGGAGGUCAGCUGCCUCGAAAACUGUCCAAUGGCCUGGUAGAGAUUGGAUGGCAUCUACUGACAGGAGACACUGCCAGAGAUGGUUUCCCUGUCCCUGUGGCCAUCUCUAACCUACGAGGUGAUGCCAGCAAGCAUGAGGGAUGCCUGAACCUGCUAUGUCAAGCUUCUUCUGCUAUGAUUGUUUUCUGUGGGAAUCUUAGGGAGAAAGAUAAACAACUUCUUGCUUCCUGCAGAGAUAUGGCAAGCAAGCUCAUACUGAUUGACAUUUCAGACACUGAGAAAAAUGAGCACAGUGUUGUGGGGUUUGUUGGAGUAAAUCUUGAACAAGACAUGGGGCUACCUGAAGGUUCAGUGCUGCAAGGGGAAGGUUUGAGUGAGGAGGAACUGGCUGAUAGGAUCAAUGACAUCUUGAAAGAUCUGUUGCCAGAUAAACUGAAACUUGUUUCACUAGAGGCAGCAGCAAAUUUAGCUGUGGAGCUAGGCCUUAAUGUGGACGAAGGGACAGUCUGUAAAAAGGCAAUGGCCAAAGUGGAGAAAGUCUUGGAAGGUUUGGAUGAGGGAUCUGCUCAGUUCAGGGAGAAACAGCUUCCUUUGCAGGGGCCUUGGUGGAGUAAACUGGCAGAAAUUGAAAAGAUGGAGAGUAAACAGAGAAAAGAAGGAAAUCAAAAUGACCCCCGACUGCAAAAAGAAAAGACAGACAUCUUGGCUGAGUUGAGAAACUACAAAUUAACCCCAGCGAUGAAGACUUUUACCAAUGCACUUUUCACAAUAGAUAAAGUGGAGAGGACUUAUUUCUUAAAGUGGAUGAAACUGAGGCUUCAGUCAAAGCAAACGGAAAAGCAAAACAUUCAACAAGAUCCGUCCACAAAUCUGCAGACAGAUACUAAUAAUGACAUGCUUGAAUAUUCUGAUUACCUCACACAUGGAGCCAAUGGCGAUCUCGAGGACAGUGACAGUUUCUGUUCAGAUUCAACAUUUGAAGAGGAGAGCAGUGAAGAGCAGCCGGUAAAUGUUGAACUGCAAGUUUCUGACCAACCAUGUGACAAUGGGCAAGACCUGUCUUCAUAUGGAGACAUAGAACCACACUCAGAGUCCAGACUUGACCCAGUCAUAGAGGAGCAGUUCGAUUUGAUGUCCAAUGGGAUAGAAAUUCAAGGUGGAGAAAUUGUCUCAAUGUCACAUAGUUUUGACGAACAAAUUUCAGAUUCAGUCUUUGAGAACCAAAACGGUCAUUUGGAGUCUCAAGAAAAUGGAACCUUGAGCUGCCACGGGACACCAGAAUAUGAACCAGAAUUGACACCAGCAACACCAGAUUCAAAUUCUUCUACCAAACAACAAAUGAGCCCAGAUGUUUCCGUUGAACCUCAGUUAGCCUGGUGUUUGCAGACUUUUGAACCUGAUCCAUUCUCGCUGGGGCUUGAGCACUUUUUGCGUGAGAUGGGCCUUAUUUUCGAGCUAACACACAUCAGCCGCAGCAGUAGGAACCAGAAAGUGUUGCGUCUUCCCAGCUUAGCUGUAGACCUGCUCUUUUACGGCAUUCCACUUGAACUAAUGGAUGGAGAUGCUUCAAACAUUCCCAUCCGCUGGCUGGGCAGCAUCUUUGCAGAGCUCAAACGGCGCCUCCCUCAAGAACAAUGUAAAACCCGAGUGCUGACUAAUCUGGGAGUACAUCAUGCAAAGAAUGCUGAGGUUCUUUCUUCAGUAUUUGGGGUGAAAUUCCCUGAAGGAGGCAAAAGAUCAACAAGAGGGGUGUACAUGGGUGCUCUUCGUCUCCCUGAUGCCCUUAGAAUGGACAUGGAUUGUGAUUUUCUUUUGUUAAUUGAUGUAGAGGGUCUCUGCCCGGCCUCUCUAGACAACAAAACAAAGAUCCAUGACCAUGAGAUGGCCACUGUUGCCACAGGAUUGAGCAAUGUUUUAAUCCAAAAUAUCGCUUCAGAUGCAAGUUCUGAGUUGGAAACAGACAUCGCUUUCAUAGUCAAUGCUCUUCUGCGCAUAAAAGAAUUUGGCUCCAUGCCCAACUGCCAACUCCUAGUCCAGGAUGAAGGAAUAAACACCCUAUUACAAGCAUCACAGUUAAAGCGUGUUUCUGAGAUGCUUCAGACUGAGACUGGGGAUAGAGGAACUAACAAUGCUGAACAGCCAAAUACAAAGACCAUAAGCUGUAUCACGUGUGUCAAAGGGCCAUGGUCCAAUGUGUCUCUCUCUGAACCAGUCGAGACACAGUACAGUGAGGCUGUGUUAUCGCUUAAGAAAAACCUCUUUGGGGCAUUGAAGAAAUCCGCAGCCACAGGUCUGUCAGAAUUUAUGAUUCAUUUGUGUGCAAUCUGGGAUGCGGUAAAAGAAGAAUCCUUCUCCAUUGGUUUGCAAAAUACUGAAAUAGCUUUAGCAUUUUCCAUAUUGUGCACAGAGUUUUCCCAGUGGAAGACUAGUUUCCUGGAGCACAUGGAAAACUGGAUUAUUGGGGCAGGAAAGAAAAUCUUUGCCACAAAAGAAAAGGUUCUAGAUGCUGAAAUCCAAAAUGACCUUCUGAAUGAGUUGAAGGACGAAGGCAGAGAGGAGGUCAAUACAGAGGUGGACAAACUCAGGUCACAAGUUGAGGCCUAUUUGACGGAAGAUGAUGUUUUGAAAGAGAGAACUGAAACAUUCAAGCCAAUCCUAAUGAGCAAUAUUGGUGACCUCCAGGAGAGAGUAACUGAAGAGAUAACACAAAGGUUGGCGACAGUCGGUGAGAGCCAUUGCUCUUCCAUACAGGUGAAGAAAUUUGAGACGGUACUGGAAAAGGAACAAGAGUCCAAGCUACGCGCACUGGUAGAGAACAGCAUUUCAACCAAACUCCUUCUCCAAGAUGAACAACUAGAAGAGGAGUUUGAGGGGGUGUGGAGUAAUAUACUGUCUAGCUUUGACUUCAGGCCUUCAGAGACAGAUGAUAUCACUGCUAGAGUGACAGAAGUUCUGAGACUGAAUCUGAUCAGCCGGGGUCUCCUGAAACACAUCAAACAAAUUGAGGUCAUUGGCCAGAACAAGACAUCCAGCUUCCAAGUUUGUGAUGAGCACUUUGGAUACCGCAGCAGAUUAAAGCACAUGUUUGAGGACAACAACAGACUACAGAGGGUAGAAGCUCAACAGGUAGCCUGCAGUGUGAUAGAAGAAUACAAUCACUUUGUAGCAGAAAAAUCGGUCUUACCAGCAGAUUUUUCUGACAGCUACAUAACAGAAAUGUUAGGAAGCGUUGAAAAAGCUUUGAAGGAAAAAUGUAUGGCAAUCAAAUCAGCUUUUGAAGUGGAUCUGAAAGUGUAUCUCUGUAGCUUAGCAUGCCAAGACUUCCAGAAAGUGCACGACCGCUUUGCAAAAGACACAGAGCUUUUGACAUUUAUCACUGCGACUAAGAGUUCAUACUUGGCAAAGUUUAUCUACCGGUUCAGGAAGAGAGAUCAGUGCCAGAGGGUGGCCCAAGCGUUCACCUCCAUGAUUAUCAAACCUACAGUAUUGGACUAUAUCUACAGACCACUGGGGUUGCGCAUUGUAGAAGAAAUUCAAGCUAAAGAACAGCAGUAUCAGUCCUCAUGUGCCUUCAGCCAACACUUGCUGGAGCAGCUGAUACAUGAAGACCGCUUUGAAAGCUUUCUGGAGUACCUGCUUUCCUAUGACAGCUUCAGACUGAGCAAGAUCCAGGAGACAGUGGUGGCUCACCUCUCUGAAUCACCCAACUCGGACAAAUGGAGGCAACAGAGGCUCGGAGAAAUUGUGGGAAAGGUUGCAGCAGCGGUGAGCGAAACAGCGGAAGGUACAAAUGGAGUCCUGAGUGAUACAAAGCCUCUGCUGGAGAGAGUGUGCCUCAUUUUAGAGAGUGACGGAAAUGUGGAAGUCACCAGGGUCUUUCUGGACGGACCCCUCUUCAGUAUCACCACAGAAUGGGAUCGUUUCGUCACAUGUUUAAUGGAGUUACUGGCUGCGAUGCGAUUGGAGCUUGCCCAGGAGUUCUCCCAAACUGUGGAUGUCACCCAACUUCUUAAUUGCCUUCCAAUUCAGCCCCAUUACUCCCUCUUGGACAGAGUGAGAGGCUGUGAGAAGCAAUGUCCUCUCUGCAGAGCCCCCUGCGAGGUGCAGGAAAAAGGGCAUGAGGUUCACAGUGCUCUGCUCCACAGACCUAAAGACUUGCUGCCUCAUGACUUGUGCUCGGUGUCUUGUCGUCCUGAAAGCAUGACUCUGAGUAACCCAGGCGAGAACAAGGACACACAGAAUCCAUCGGUGGCAUGCAAGGACCUCCUCUCCCUCCGCCCAGACUGGAACAUCUACCCUGAGGACCCAGACAGUCAGAUGCCCACCGCUUACUGGAGGUAUGUGUUGGUGAGGUACAAUGACAAGUUUGCCAAGGAAUAUGAGAGGGAGCCAGCAACUAUCCCUGAGGAGUGGAAGAAGAUCACUGAGGAAGAGGCUUUACACAGUCUGAGGGAAGCAUUCCUCACUAAAACGUAUUGAUAUAAGACCUGCCCUCUGCUUUGCGCCUUAUUUAUUGUAACAUGACAUUUUGUCGAUGAAGUUCAGAUUGGAUAUUUGUUGAGAAGUCUUUCAGUUGUCAGAGUUGUUGAUGGUGGUGGUGGUGGUGAUGGACAGAAAAUUGAUCACAUGAACCGUUUUUUCAAAAACAUUCAUGAUGAUAACUGACUUGUUUGCCAUUUAUCUUUUUCAUUAAAUUAAGAAGAAUCUACUGUUUCUGUAAAGAUCCUUUUAAAAUAUAUUCUGAAUGUUUAGGAAAAUAAUUGUUAGGCUUUUAAACCUUUGUUAUUUAAAAAGAAUUUUGAAGUUAUGAUGCUGUAUCUUCACCCUGAUGAUGUUACACAAAAAUUAUUAUUUGUUUAAAGUGAAAGUUUUAUGAUGAAAACAGAAAUAAAUAACUGUCUUUGCUUCAUUUAAA